GGAUACACUUUCAGCUUGGACAGAGCACAAAGUUUUCAAGUAUCCAUUCAGUACAUGGAAAGAAAUAAAAAGUCACUGAAUCGCAUGCAUCAUGUGCUCAUUGUUGUGUGACUCGUUAUUAAGCUCAAUGACUUCAUCCAAAUCUAUUUGUGUAACUGGAUGACAUUCUAUCUAACCUUUAUUUUACACCAGGAUGAAGCAGUUGUGGGCCCAUAAUUAGUCACAGGUUGUUUCCAGGUUUUUCAGUUUUGCCUAUGUUUUGUAUUUGAAUGGACAUUUUGCAGUCCCAGACUUCGGACCUCAUUUACACAUUUACUUUUGACAACUAUACACUUUUAAUGAUUACAGUUUUUAGCCUAUUCAUUUUUAAAGGAAACUAUCCGUUUUGCUAGGGUGCAAUCAAUAAUCUGCUAUAGACGUUGUAUUGGGAGUGUUGGUGGUGAUGUGGGGGAAGGAAGCUAAAGGUGGGAGGGGUUGACAUAGAGAUGUACAGGACAGGACACCCUCAUGCUUGCUCCAUAAACCUCACCACAUUUUGCUCCCGCAGCUGUUGUGGCGCACACAGGGAGCGGAGAGGUGCGUUCCUUCUGGGCUGACUAUGUCGAGUGUGGCAAGGGCUUUUUCGCACUGAUCAGCGAUCACCGAGCCCGUUUCUCUUCGGCAAAAAACCCCCGGAAUGUUAUCACUCUCUCUCUCAGCAAGGUCGGUUUCCACAGAACAGUGAAGACACCGCUCAUUUACCAUGAGCUGUUUGGAUGUUAUGUACCCAGCCUAUGGACAUUACGCACCGUACGCACCGACUGGUCCUGCUUUUAUCAAUAGCUUACAGGCUCCCACAGGUCUGAGCAGAACUUCUCUUGACUGCCGGGAUUUUAUGGAUACUCCCAGGGGUCCCGAGGGGAUGUCUGGGGGCCCAGGCACUGGAGGAUCAACUUCCUCCUCAUCUUCAUCCAAUUCGUCUUCUACCUCCUACACACCGGCGGUUUUAAGGCCAGAGGAGGGCCCCAAGGAGAAGCAGGAGCCCCCUGAGGCGGAGUACCUGACUUCUCGCUGUGUCCUCUUCACCUACUACCAGGGAGACAUCAGCAGCGUGGUGGACGAGCACUUCUCCAGGGCCCUCAGCUCCUACAUGGAUGGAGAGGGCAAACGGCGGGCUUCAGACCAACAGGGCACAGAUACCCCUUCACCUAGCAGUCGACGAAGCUUCCCCCCAUCCUUCUGGGACAGUAACUACUCCUCGCCUCAGAGCCGCUCCCACUGUGAAACCGGUGCGCCUUCCUAUUCCAUGGACCCAUACGCAUCUGGGUUGCACCCGGGCCUGCCGCAUCCACAUGCUCACCCGCACCCACACGCUCAUCCUCACUCCCACUCUCACCCACCAGAGAGCUGGGGAUAUCCCCAGGCCCAAGCCUACGGACCCCCACGGCCUCUCCAUGAACUGUAUUCACCGUCGGCUUUGGAGCCCCACUAUGGGGCCCUGCUCAUGCCCACGGUGAGGCCACCUCAUCUUCCUACCUUGCCAAGCCACUAUGAAGUGAGCAAGCUGGAGCCCACUGCCUCCUGGCCCAGCCUGCUUCCCCCAGGAGAUGUCAGCCAGACACUGGCACUCAACAUGGAUGCAGGCCUCCAGCAGCACAAGAAAGGCAAGGAGCUGUACUGGUUCUAACGAGCCCUUCAGUCACAUUGACCAGCCAUUACUAGAUCCAAUUAGUCCCUGGACCUGCUCUGCUAUUGAAGCAGCAUGUCCCUUUAUCCCGCCACACACUCCAUCCCCGUCUAUCCACCCCCUUGUUUCUGCUCCUGGCCUCCCCCUGCCAGCAUACAGCCUUGCUCCAGGUCGACGUGUGUGCACCAUGGAGAUAAAGCAGAGAGAGGGAGAGAGAGAGAAAGAGGGGGAGAGACACUGUCUAUAAUCUGUGCUGUUGCUCUCUCUUUCGCAUCUCUCUUCCACUCUCUCUCCUGUCGCUGCCGGUGCAGCACAGACCUUGGCAAGGUAUGAGCCACAGUGACCUGUUUGGACUGAGAAAGACAGGAUCACAACAGACAUUUGCAGAGGACAGAGAGAUAGAGGGAUGAAUGGAGGGGCAGAGGGAUGAAUAGUGGCAAGCAGGGAUUCCCUCCAACGUCCCUGGUUAUCUCUGUCUCAUGUUCUUGGUGGUUGGUACAGUGGUUGUCAUCAUCCACUUAUCUGCAUUUCACAAAUGCAACAUGCAGCGAUAAACAGGAGCAGCAAUUAUGGUGGUUUAUGCUUUGUUACUGUCAUCAUGAUGCCUUUUUUGGGUUGUUGUUAUAUAAUUUUGCUUUCUGAAAUAAAUGGUUUCUAUUUAUUGGUGUUCAUGUGCAUUUCUAAAAUGUUUGGUUAGGCCAGUUUUCUGAAAUGAUUGUGAUUCAGUUUAUUGUGUUUUCUAAAGACAGGAGGCGGAGAUGGCCACACCAUGUGUUUUUGGUGGAGCUUCUCAUCCAUCUAUGAAGGAAUAAAAACAUAUCAAAAAUGUGUUAAAUUCAUUAACUAUUUGUUUAUCCUAAACAGACUCAAAGAUUGUGUUCUUUAAAUGUAACAAUGUUGUUCCAUUUUAGUUCUUUAUUUCUCUGUGUCAUUCUUAGAUGUUUUGGAAUUUGGACUUUCUAAGUUUUUUUGUGUGUCAUUUCUCAUUUUUGUGUCCAAGAACUUUGUGAGGUCAAUAAAUAUUUUUAUGGCAAAUCUC